ACCCUACUUCAAAGUGUCAGAUCUUCACCUCUCACACACAAGAGCGCGCACGCACAUGCUCCCAUUCAUAAUUUCACAUAAAAGCACAUAAUGGGACACUGAAUUGUAGUGCUGUCAUUGUAAUAUCUUGAUGAUUUAUGUUCAGAGCCAGUAAAGCUGCACGUAUGCCGUGUGUUGAGCUGCACAGCACUGCUGCACUUAUGGGAGCAUCAGUAGAAGAGUUCAACGCAGCCAAAGAGAAACUAGGAGCUCUGAAGAAGGAUCCAGGGAAUGAAGUCAAACUCAAGAUCUAUGCACUCUUUAAACAGGCCACACAAGGACCCUGCAACACCCCCAAACCCAGCAUGCUGGACUUUGUAAAUAAAGCGAAAUGGGAUGCGUGGAAGAGUCUGGGCUCCACAUCACAGGAAGAGGCCAGGCAGCAGUAUGUGGAUCUCAUCUCGUCUCUGGUGGGAGCAGAAGCUCCUGCAGUGGCAGCGCAGCCCACCGGGAGCACAAAGGGCUUCCAGACCCUGCUGAUGAACACAGAAGACAACAUCACCACCAUCCGGCUCAACAGACCCGAGAAAAAAAACGCCAUCACCGUGGAGAUGUACAAUGAGCUAAUCGAAGCUUUGGAUCAUGCCGGAAAAGACGAUUCUGUCAUUACAGUGAUAACAGGCAGUGGAGAUUAUUACUGCAGUGGAAACGACCUGAACAACUUUAGAAAGAUCCCUGAGGGUGGAGUAGAGAAGAUGGCCAAAGAUUCUGGGGAAUUGCUGAAGAGGUAUGUAAAGGCGUACAUUGACUUCCCCAAACCUCUGAUUGGAGUCAUAAACGGACCGGCUGUGGGGGUGUCGGUCACCCUGUUGGGACUUUUUGAUGUUGUUUAUGCCACAGAGAGGGUGACGUUUCACACACCCUUCAGUCAGUUGGGUCAGAGUCCAGAGGGCUGCUCUUCAUAUCUUUUCCCCAAAAUUAUGGGCGCAGCAAAGGCUAGUGAGAUGCUGUUGUUUAACAAGAAGUUGACGGCCGCACAGGCCUGUGAAGUGGGUCUGGUGACUGAGGUCUUUCCUGAAAGCUCCUUCCAGGCCGAGGUGUGGACCAGACUCAGAGCCUAUGCCAAACUGCCCAGGAACUCUCUGGCUCUGUCAAAGCAGCUGAUCCGCGGGGUGGAGAAAGAGAAACUUCAUGCUAUCAACGACGCAGAGGUGGAGAGACUGAUGGAGCGCUGGCUCUCAGACGAAUGCAUGCAGGCCAUCGUCAGCUUCUUCCAGGCCAAGUCUAAACUUUGAGAAGAGUCCAUGGCCAUUCAAGCCAUUCAGCCUCUUCCCAAAAUGAACUUUCUUUGGCAGUAGUUUUUCUCAGUUGGUUGUGAAAUACAGUGUUUAAGAACAAAAUGAACAUUUACUGUACCAGAUGUGCACUUGUAACACUCAGUGCCUCACUAAUGCCAAUGCAUUUGUGUUCUUUUACAUGAGGGACACAAUUCAGUGCUCUAUACUGUAUGUUCCGUUUCAGAUGCAUCAAUAUGUGACAUUUUGUCCUGAAUACAGUUUUAAUACCUGCUUAAAUACAACCUGUAAAUGUCUUGUUUUAUAUAUUUCAUAUAGCCUAAUAUGAAAUACAGUAUGUAUUGUGUUCCUUGAAAUACUAUGCAAAUGCCUGUACAUGAUCAGCAUUAGUAUCUUCAGUGCUGGGUUAUAACUGAUUACAUGUAAUCUUUGAUUAUGCAAUCAGAUUCCAAAACUAUGUGUAAUUAGAUUAUAUUAACACUUUAAAAUACUUGUAAUCAUACUACAGUUACUUUAUUACAUGAUUACAUAUUAUUCAUACAAUAGCAAGACAUUAUUCAUAAUUUGAUUCUCCCAAAUUCUUAUUUUUCAUUAAACUCACAACCCACUGCAAUUUCUCCACAGACCUUGACAUCAUGUAAUGCUUAAUAAACUUCACAUUGUUAAUAACAA